GAUUUGUGCGUCUGGCUGCAGGAGUCGGGCCCUGCUCAGGCCGAGUGGAAAUGAACCCUGGGGGAGGGUGGACUCCAGUGUCCGCUGCAAACUUCACGUUGCCCACCGCCCGGGUCAUCUGUGCAGAGCUGGGGUGUGGCAAGGCUGUGUCUGUCCGGGAGGACCUGUCCUUCAGAGUGGAAGCUGGACAGGUGUGGGCUGAACAGUUCCGGUGUGAGGGGCAGGAGCCCGAACUCUGGUUGUGCCCCAGAGUGCCCUGUGCUGGGGGCAGCUGCAGCCACACAGGGACAGUUCAGGUCGUCUGCUCAGAGCUCACCGAAGUCCGGCUCAGGAGCAGCGUCCCCUCUUCGUGUGCAGGGCAGGUGGAGAUGCGCAAAUCUGAGAACUGGAGAAUGCUCUGUGCCUCCCACUGGAGCGCGGCAAAUUCCCAAGUCGUGUGCCGCCAGGUGGGCUGCGGGGUCGCCCUCCCCACCCCAAAAGGAGCGCACUCUGCGGGAGGAGGAGGAGGUGAGAUCUGGCCAGACCGAUUCCACUGCUCGGGGGCCGAGUCCUUCCUGUGGAACUGCCCUGUGAGCGCCCUGGGCGUCCCUGCCUGCUCCCCUGGGAACGCGGCCAUGGUGGUCUGCUCAG